AUGGCCUUAUGUAAGUGGUAUGGGUACCCUGAUUUCUUCAUAACUAUAACAUGUAAUCCUAAGUGGCCUGAAGUAAAAAGAUUUCUAAAAGAUUCAACCAUCAAAGCCGAAGACUGGCCUGACAUAUUGUGUCGAUUGUUUAAAAGGAAGCUUGAUUCCUUAAUUAAAGAUUUUAAGGAUUCCAAGUAUUUUGGUGAGAUUAACGCUGUUGUUUAUACAGUAGAAUUUCAAAAGCGUGGUCUUCCUCAUGCAUAUAUAUGCUUAUUCAUGAAGGUCGAUCACAAACUUCCAACCAUAGAUCAUAUAGAUCCAUUUAUUUCUGCUGAGAUUCCCGAUAAAAAAGAAGAUCCUGAACUUUAUUCUCUUGUGACUGAUUAUAUGAUUCAUGGUUCAUGUGGGAAUGCUAAUUUGAAUUGUCCUUGCAUGGUUGAUAAAAGAUGUUCAAAAAACUUUCCUAAGAAAUUCACACCACAUACAACUAUUGAUUCAAAUGGUUUUCCUGUAUACAGAAGAAGAGAUUCAGGUCAUACAUUUAUAAAAUCUGGUGUUAGAUUAGACAACAGAAAUGUUGUUCCUUAUAACAAAAGGCUUUUGAAAAGAUAUCAAGCACACAUUAAUGUUGAAUGGUGUAAUCAAGCCGGUUCAGUGAAAUAUUUGUUCAAGUACAUCAACAAAGGUCCUGAUAUGGCUACUGCGGUAGUUUCUGGUGAUACAAGUUCAACCAUCAAAGAAAAGCCAAAAGACGAGAUCAAGGAGUAUUAUGAUUGUAGAUAUAUUUCAGCUUGUGAGGCAUCCUGGAGAAUAUUCUCUAAUGAGGUUCACUAUAGGUAUCCUGCUGUUAUGAGGCUUCCCUUUCAUUUGCCCGGCCAACAGAAUGUUGUGUAUGGUGCUGAUGGCGAUAUUGAUAAUGUUUUAAGCAAGCCUUCUGUUGCUUCUUCAAUAUUUAUGCAAUGGAUGAAGUUGAACGAGACAAAUGAAGAUGCUAGAAAGCUGACUUAUGUUGAGUUUCCUUCUAAAUUUGUUUGGAUACUUAAAGAUAGAUGUUGGCAGGUACAUAAGUUGUACCAGUGUGUUGGCCGGAUUCAUUCUGUAUCUCCUGCUUUGGGCGAACCUUAUUUUUUGAGGAUACUACUGAAUAAAGUUAAAGGACCUAGAUCAUUUGAGGAGAUACGUACAGUUAACGGUCAAUUAUUCCCGACUUUUAGAGAUGCUUGCUAUGCGAUGGGACUUUUAGAUGAUGACAAUGAAUACGUUGAGGCCAUUAAAGAAGCAAGUUUUGAAGGACAUGCUGGGUAUCUUCGAGCGUUAUUUGCUACCCUGCUUUUGUCAAAUACUCUAUCUUGGCCAGAAUUUGUUUGGGAGAAUACGUGGAAAUACUUAGCUGAUGAUAUUGUUUAUAGAUGUCAAAAAGAAACAAAUAUUUCAGGUUUAGUGCUUCCUGAACAUCAGAUUAAGAACCUUACUCAGGUUAAUAAGAAAGGUAAAGUUACUUCUGAGAGAAAGGAGGUCGUCAAGAAUAGGACUAAGGGAAAUGUUGCCUUACCUGUCGACACAAGUGAUCAUACUGGAUGUUCUUCGUCUGUUAAUAAAGUUAAGGGGAAGAGAGCUGCCAACGUUCAGAAAAAGCUUAACCGUAGAAAUAAGAUUGCAAAGACUGCAAAAAAACAUUCUGAACAUCCUCUUGACCCUGAGUUCUUUCAUUUUGAUCGCAAAGGAGACUAUAGGCUGCGUCUUCCUGCUGAAGUUGCGAGACGAGCAGGUCUUUCUCUAGAUCUUCAUCCUUUGAAAGUUCAAAACAUGGUUGGAGUUGUGGAGGUUUAUGAUGUUAAGUUGGAGUUAAAUGAAUUGAAGCCACGUUAUGCGUUGGACGGUUGGCGAAAGUUUAUGACUGACAAUAACUUGAGGUUUGGUGAUAUGUUGCAUUUCACAUAA